UCGUGGUCACUUUUCUUCAAAGAUAAUUUUUCUUGUGGAAUGAAUUUCCUACGGCGGAGGUUUAGUUCUGGAGACCUGCAGGGUGAACUGCGAGAUGAAAAUUCUAGUAUACUCACUUUCAAAAAGGGGCCAUCCCCUAGUGCCCCAAACUCCCCAUCAAAAUCUAUGUCGGGAGCGGGGAUCCCUCGGGCUCCAGUAGCUAACAACAAACCAGCUUAUAAUAAGGAUCGAUGUAAAACACUUCUUGUCAUUGACGAUCAUCACACAGACUGGUCAAAAUACUUUCGAGGAAGAAAGAUUUUUGGUGACUGGGAUAUUAGAGUAGAACAAGCAGAAUUUUCGGAGUUAAAUUUGGCUUCCUAUACAGAUACAGGAACGAUGGUGGACAUUCAGAUAAUGAGAAAUGGAACUAAGGUGGUGAGAUCAUUUAAACCCGACUUCCUGCUGAUACGACAAAAUGUUAGAGAUGCUUCAGAAGAUUGGAAGAACUUACUAAUUGGAUUUCAAUAUGGUGGAAUACCCAGUGUCAACUCUCUCCAUUCAAUCUACAACUUUCAGGAUCGGCCAUGGGUGUUCUCUCAACUGAUAAAAAUCCAAAAGAAGUUAGGCCGUGACAAUUUCCCACUGAUUGAGCAGGCAUACUACCCGAACCAUAAAGAAAUGGUGCUCACUCCAAAGUUUCCUGUGGUAGUGAAAUUAGGUCACGCUCACUCAGGUGUUGGAAAAGUUAGGAUAUCCAAUCACUAUGACUUCCAAGACAUGGCUGGGGUGGUAGCUGUGAGCAAUUGUUACACAACUACAGAAUCGUACAUCGACACAAUCUACGACAUUCAUAUUCAGAAGAUAGGCAAUAAUUACAAAGCUUACAUGAGGAAAUCUAUAUCCGGAAAUUGGAAAGCAAACACAGGAUCGGCAAUGUUAGAACAAAUCGCAAUGAAUGACAGAUUCAAGUUAUGGGUGGAUGAAUGCAGUCUCAUGUUUGGUGGACUGGAUGUCCUCGCUGUGGAAGCUGUUCAGGGCAAAGAUGGAAAAGAGUACAUCAUUGAGGUGAAUGAUUCCUCUAUGACACUACUGGGAGAGAGCCAGGAGGAAGAUAGACGACAAAUCGCUGACCUUGUUAUGGCUAAAAUGCAGCAUUGCCUUAAACCGGUCGCUUCCAUUAGUCGGACAUUCAGUUCAGGUGCUGUGAUGCACUACGCUACAAUGAAUGGAAGUAAGCAGGAUUUACCAGCCCCAACCCAGCCUCCAUCUCGCCCACCACAGCCACAAGGGCAGCCACAGUCCCGGCCCCAGGGGGGCCAGCCCCUCUCUCAGCAGCAACAUUCCCCCCACUCACAAUCCCAGCAACAGCAUCCUCAACAUCCCCAGCAUCCGCAACAACCUGGGGCCAGGUCUCCUCAGCGACAGAAUGUUGGCAAUCAGAACCAACAGAUGAACCCAAACCAGCUGACAAGUUCUGAUCAUGCCCAGGUCAACAAACCACAGUCUGAUGGGGUCUCUCCUGGGAAUCGUGGUCCUCCCAGCCAGAGAAGUACCGAAGAUGAAGACACCAUGAAAAACCUCCGUAGAACAUUUGCUGGAAUAUUUGGGGACAUGUAGAAGAUCACUACACAGAACUUAUACAGAA